AUGAACAGGUAUAUGGACAUCGAAAUGGACAUGGACAAGAUCAUGAGCAUGGACAAGGACAAAGAUAAAAACCAGGACGUGGAGAAGCACAAGGACGACAGAGUCGGAUCAGGUCAGUCGCCCCAGGAUCCCAUUCCAAUGUCACAAGGUGCAUUCAAUGGGCAGUUGGAAUUCACGUUCCGAAGUAUCGCCGAUCACGUGAUCGUCCAACCUCAUACGAGAGUUCCAUCGAUGCACCCCACGGCAUUUCCACCGCGCUGUGCCACAGUGCGCGGGUUCUUACACCGUCAGGACCUUUCUGAGUCUCAUACCAUCGCACUCUCGAAGCGUGCGUCUCGUCCGGGCAAGAAACGGCCGUUUGGACACGCCAAGAGCGCCGAAUGGGCCGGGAAACUCGACGUUUACCAGGCAUUCCUCUGA